UAUAUGUUGGGUAAAGGAGGAAAGCGGAAGUUUGAUGAGCAUGAAGAUGGGCUGGAAGGCAAAAUUGUGUCUCCCUCUGAUGGCCCAUCCAAGGUGUCUUACACCUUACAGCGCCAGACUAUCUUCAACAUUUCCCUUAUGAAACUGUAUAACCACAGGCCCCUGACAGAGCCCAGCUUGCAAAAGACUGUUUUAAUUAACAACAUGUUGAGGCGGAUCCAGGAGGAACUCAAGCAAGAAGGCAGCCUGAGGCCUGUGUUCACCCCUUCCUCCCCGCCCAACGACUCGCUGAGCAGCAGCUACCGGGAGGCCCCACCUGCCUUCAGCCACCUCUCCUCUGCUCCUGCUCACCCCUGUGACCUCGGAAGCACUACGCCCCUGGAGGCCUGCCUCACCCCUGCCUCGCUGCUUGAGGAGGAGGAUGACACUUUUUGCACUUCCCAGGCUAUGCAGCCUUCAGCUCCUACCAGACUCUCCCCUGCAGCCCUCCCACCGGAAAAGGACAGCUUCUCAUCUGCCUUGGACGAGAUUGAAGAACUCUGCCCCACAUCUACCUCCACAGAGGCCGCCGCAGCAGCAGCAGCAGCAGCAGCGACUGACAGCCUGAAAGGGACCUCUAGUGAGUCCAGCGUCCAGAAACCCGAAGGGCACCAGGAGGGCCGCACAGAUGACCCCAAACUGAUGGACUCUCUGCCUGGGAAUUUUGAAAUAACCACCUCCACGGGUUUCCUGACAGACUUGACCCUGGACGACAUCUUGUUUGCUGAUAUUGACACGUCCAUGUAUGAUUUUGACCCCUGUACAUCUGCAUCAGGGACGGCCUCAAAAAUGGCCCCCGUGUCGGCCGAUGACCUUCUCAAGACGCUGGCUCCGUACAGUAGUCAGCCCGUCACCCCGAGUCAGCCUUUCAAAAUGGACCUCACAGAGCUCGAUCACAUCAUGGAGGUGCUUGUUGGGUCCUAAGACCCGGGCACCCCGUGAUCAUGCCCACCCAGACCCUGUGAGCGUCCCUACAACCUUGACAGUUCUCCUCACUGUGCAUGCACCCUUGCUUGCCUUUUUUCAGAGAAAAUGAAAAUUUUACAAAAGGAUCACACUAGUUUUUGCUUUGAGCAGAGUUUGGAGUGCCUUCAUCCGAGUAUGACCACUUUCAAUGAGCUUUGGAGUGGUUCCUCAGACCUACUCCUCUGGUACAGGAAAGAAUACAUUUGAAGACAAUGUUGCUAAUGUUGAAAGACACACAGUUCAGGUGAAGCACAAGGAGUAAGGUGGAAAAGCUGUACAUUGCAUGUGCAUAUUUGUCUAUUUUUUCUAUAAGUUUUAUUGCAAGAGGUAAAAAAAGAAAAUAUAUAUAUUAUUUAGAUAAUCUGUACCUUUUCUGGCAUUUUUGCCCUGUAUAGGUUGACUUGGCAAUUCAGCCUUUUUAGAGGCAUUAACUACUCCUCGUAAGUGUUGCAUUUACAUGGCUGUUUAGAAAACUGCUGCCCAAAUUUAUUUUAUAUUUUUGUACAGAUUCUGCAGUUUAUGAUAUUGUUUUUCUAAAAACAAAUGCUGUUUAUACAUACAAAAUAGCUAUUUUGAUAGGAUUUGCUCACAUAGUUCCUGCAAACUUCAGAUGUACAAGUUGCACUUGUACUUUUAUAGAGUUGUAAUGUUUUCUAUGUGUAUGGUGCAAGAAAAAUUUGGAUCAAAUCAAUCUGCAGUUGAUCUCCCCAAAUGCAAACACACACGCCCCACAUACAUACAGCGCUUUAAGAAAGGGCCAGGUGAUAGAUAUCACACCCAAAUUUCACAGGCACCAGUCCCUUGGCAUGACUGCCCGCCAGUACUGUGACUUUCAAAGCCAGAGCUGAGUCUGCUCAUCAAACUUGCAUUAAGCAGUUGGCGGGAGAUGGUGUUGAAGUGAUGGUCUCCUUAGCUCCCUCUUCUGAGGAAAGGCUAUCAUUUUACUUAAAAGUGUAUAGUUAUGCCAAGUUUGCUCUUUCAAUUAUAAUUAAUUUUUUUUAAGGAAAACCCAAGUCUUUCCUUUUUUGACAUAGUUUUUAUGGUGAACCCAAAAUUUUACGUAACAGCAUUUUAUGAAAAGCAACCAAGUUCUUCCUAGAGCUGAGCUCUGUUGCAAUGCUUAGGGCUCCUAAAGAAGAAAUUCUCCCCAGAACGCAUCCAUCAUGUUGGUAAAUUGCCUUUUCCAGUGUCCCUUCUCCAGAGCUUUUGUUCCCUGUUGCUAAGAGCUACACAUGGCAUCUUUAUAAUCUUCACAGUGAGCUUGGCUCACCUCGGCCGGCCCGGGAUUCACCCUUCCAGUUUUGUGACUCUAGAACCUGGAGUCUGUUACCUUUCAUCAGAGCAUCCAGUCUGGUUGCUUUCUUUAAUCAACUGCCGAUUUAACUACACUUUACAAGGCUGUUAUACCCAAAUACACAGAUGGGAAUUUCUAUGCAUGUUCUCCUCCUCUUCUGCCCCUCCCCUCCCCCCAGGACACCCUUAAGAAGUAGCUUUUUAUUCCUAGUGGUGUACAUUUAAUUUUUAAACAUUUUUGCAAUGUAUCAUGCUUGUUGCUGAAAUUGUUUAUGGCCUUUCUGUUUCAGUUUUUCUCUUUCUUCCAAUGGUACUUUAGCUGUUGAGUGCAGGUUACAACCUAUAUUGUUAUGCAGAUGGCUUCUUUAGGAAUAACUUUUAUAUUUAUUUAAAAAUUUUAAAUUAUGGGAUUUUGUUGUUGUUGUUGUUGUUGUUGUUGUCGUUGUCGUUGUUGUCUUUGUCGUUGGUCAUUUGUCAAUAUUCAGUCACCAAUUCUGCUCACUUCUUGCCAUGGGUAAAAAUUGGGUCUUUCUGGCCAAUUAAAAAGAGACAACUUUAUAAAUGGCACUUUAAACAAGCCAUAGUUUUAUUUUUCUAAUGCACAUGGCAAAGCAAAUACAUUUGUGAUGAAGGAACUGCUCAUCUAAACAGGAUGUACGAAUGAUAUUAAAUCUUUCCACAUUCUACUUUUCCUUGUUUGAAUGUGUUUUAAAGACUAAUUAUCAACACAGUAGAGCAGUGAGAAACUGAUCAAAUUGCACUUGUUCUCUUACAAGUAACCUCCGUGCAGACACCUCUUACUGCUCCACAUGUGGACCAGGGACCAUAUGAUUAAGGUGAGGGUCGUUGUAGGUGCUUCCAUGUCACUGUGCCUGUUUGUUUGAAGAGCUUCCCUUUCUUGUAGAGAACAAAUCUGCCCAGACUUCAUGCCUUGUAGAACUGGAGUACCCUGUGAACUGCCCACAUGCUGCAUACAUUGCCAUACAUGUGCAUAUCCAAUAGUGUUGAUUAGUCCCAACAAUUACAGGGUAGAAAGCAGUUGAUUUGCCAUUGUCAAAAACUAACGUACAGUAACUUAGAACAACUAUACUUUCUUUGGAUUAGCAAAUGGUGUGUUUAAACAAGUCCCAUAUGUUGGGCAGCAGUUCAAAUAAGCACAGAGGAUCAUUGCCCAAACUUGGUUCUCGGACUCUAGUGUAUUUGCAAGGCUGGGUUUCAAAAUCAAAACAAAACCCCCCAACAACAGCAGGCAAGUGCUUUUCAACUGACACCCUUGCUGUAAAUUUUGUGAUGCUCAAAGUUUUAACAAGACAUACAUGGGGAACUAGCCCAUUUUCAGAAAGCAAAGCCAUCCUGAGUUCUAAUUGUCUUUCUGUCCUAUUUUUACUUCGUGCUGUCCCAGCAGAGAAGAGUUGGAGCACGGUGGAAUCUUCCAAGUCCCAGUUCUAGUGUGGGUUGUGCUUCCAGAUGCCUCCUGGCAGCAGUGCCUCCCUUUAUCAAGACAUUGUGUCACAUCCAGAGCCAGGCAGGCAACUUGAGAAAGAUGUGCUGGGCAGGUCAGGGCUGGGCUGGGAGGGGUCAUCUAUUGACAGUGAUGUGCAAUGAAAUGACAAGAUGAGAGCAGAAUCCUAAGAGCUUUGAAUUUGAAGUGGUCUUUUUCCCAUAAGUUAUUUAUUCUUUUUUUUUCCUGUGUAAAUAUAUUUAUUUUACUGUGGAGCUCUAGCAACAUCUGGAUGGUAACAUGUGCAGAAUGUAUGGUAGGAAUGUAUUCUCUCGUAGGAAUGUAAAUCUGUAUGAAAGGGGGUCUAAGCCAAGCCCCCUGGGACUCAUUGAAUGCACAGUCCACAUUCAUUUUUACUCUCAUUUCUAAUAUGGGUCUAUUUGAAAUAUGCAAAAGGUAUGGAUGAGGAAUGUUUUAAUACCUCCAAAUUUUUAAGAAAAUCAAGCGUCAAAGGGUUGAUAUUUUUUAAAUUUUUCUUAGUAGCACCUUCUCUUAAUGACAAAAGGGAGCCACGCUGGCAUCCACAUUCAUACCACAGGGUGAGAAUGGCAAGCCUCCUCCACCUCUGGAGUCUUCACCAAUUGAGCUUUUUAUCGCCAUAGCCCCUUGGAGGAGUGCUCCAACCACCCUGAGGGCAAUCAAGGAAACUUUCUUAACCGAAUAAGCUCCAAAGAGCCAAAGUAUCAACUUACGGAUCAUUUUUAAAGUUUAAAUUUAUUAACUACCUUUGUGGUAAACAAUGAAUUAUGAAUACCGCAAAGGGCAGCCUUCUUAAAUGACAGAUUUAAAAAAAAUAGAGAUAUUCCACUUUGUGCGGUGAUUGUUAGUCUACUCUAUAUGAGUUGUCUUAAUUUCAAAACCUUGCUGUUACAAACUGGACCUUUAUACACUUUCUGAAGAUAUCAAAAAAAGCAUAUUUAACCUGUAACUGUAAAUGGUUACCUUCUGUAACUACCCCGCACCUGGAUGGCAUCAAGGUGUGCGCGCGUGCGUUCCUGCUUGUGUACAAUUAUUUUCAAUGCUUCCAAGAAUGAGUCUAAAUGAUUCUGGAAAAUUAGGAUUAAAAAAAUUGUUGGAGUCAAAGCCAAUAAAAGUUUCGGACUUUCUCUUGGGAAUAAGUUUGGAAGAGAAGUGCAGUCCACAUGUGCAAACAACGGAGAUUUUGAAAAAGAUGUACAUAGUCAUAUGUUUGGUGCAUGGGUUUUGAGGAAGGCUUUUUGUCAAAAAGGAGGUGUGACCUUUCCCCACAGACCUGAGAGCUGUGCCUUUUCUAUGCAAUAUUACAGAUGUCACAUCGGAACCCAGAGGGCUGUGUUCAAUGUAGGUUCGGGCUGUAAUCUAAACAAUUGAACAGAUUAAAUGUACAUGGAAAUGAGCAGUCUUACUUUUGUAGUUUUAUAUUAUACAAUAAACAGUUAAAAGAUGA